AUGGAACGCAUGAUCUCAUGUCGCUUAAGCUGGUGGCUUGAGUGGCACGGCCUUCUUCCGGGCACGCAGUUUGGAUUUUGCAGACAGAAGUCAUGCGUUGACAACCUGACUCUUCUAUACGGUGAGAUCCUGGGAGCUUUUCAGGAGGACUCGGCCGUGGCGGCCGCCUUUUUAGACAUCCAGGGAGCGUAUGACAAUGUUUUGAGUGACAUCCUGCUGAAUAAUCUACUUUUGCUGGGGGUUCCGCAACGUACCCAAAAGUUUAUAUGGCACCUUACUUCAUCGCGCCAACUUUUCUUUAGGUUCGGAGAACUAGAGCUGUAUGCAGACGAUGUUUGCCUGUAUUCCUCGGAGUUUCCGGUGGAGGAAGCUCUGAGAAGCGUGGAGUUGGCAGUGGAGGAGACGAAUUUGACUUUGGGGUCGCUUGGGUUGACUCUGUCGGCCCCUAAGACUCAGUUGUGUGUCUUUAGCCCGGGCGAUAGGGCCCUAAAGUCCGUGAUUGAUUGGGACAAGAAAUCAUUCUGA